AAACCAAGGCUGAAUUGGGCUGAUAUUUCUGUAUUAUGUCAUGCACAGCUAUUAGAGUGCACCAGGAAAAAAACGACCUCUAAUAAUUAUCCGCCUUGAUUGCUUUUUAAAUUAUGGGACGUCAGAUAGACUGGGUGAGAGCAAAGUCCAUCAGGACGCAGCGACAAAACAAACGAGGUGAAUGCCCGCUGCACAGACCGCAGCUUCUCACCGAGCAGGAUGGCAGCAAACCAGGCAGCAAAAAGGCUCACUUAGUUAUUUUUGAUUUUUUUUUUUAUUAUAACCGUGUGCCUGGUAUAAGGAGUAGCAUGGAUGGAUGGAAGUGACUGGUUCACGGAGGGAAGGAUUGGAGUUUAAAAUGAAAAAUGGCUCCAUGAGGAACUACAAACAUUGGGCGAGGUGGGGGGCAGGAUGGUGCACCUACGCCGUGAGGAGUCUUUCAUCAAGUCAUGCACUGAAGCCGCUGGUUCCCACCUUCAGCCUGGUGCUGGUGGUGAUAUAUGGGCAGGCUGACAGGCUCAGGAACUUUGUGGCCGGCAUCUUCAUCCCUCAGUAUCACUACCCGUAUCCUGUGGCGCUCUGCUUUGGCCAGGUUCUGGUUUCCCUCCUGUUCUUAAAUCUCCUCCAUGUCCUGAGACUGGUGCCUCUGAAACGUUACUCCAAGCCGCUGGGCGAGAGGCUGCUGCUGCCUGCCAUCUGUUACAGCGUUCAGUCGGUUCUGGUCAUGUGGGCCAAAGCCAGCAGCUCGUACGCCGGACCCUUCCUCUUCACGCAGCCUCUGCUGGCACCAGUAACUGUGGGCUUGAGUUUCGCCCUGAAGCUUAAAUCCCCACCGUCCAUCCACAUCUCUGUUCUGAUUUUCAUCCUAAGUGGAACGUCUGUAGUCAUCACAGCAUCCAACGGUAUCUCUGCUAUCGACCAUCUGGAGUACCUCUACGCACCUCUGGCUUUAAUCCUGCACAGUCUCUCUCUGACUUUUCUGGCUAAAGUGUCUGCAGCCGAGCACCGCCAGCCUCUCGAUGCCCAGGUGUCUGUUUUUGACCUGUACUACACCCAGCUGGUGAACCAGAGCUGGGUGCUGGGCCUGCUGUGGCUGCUGCACCCGGACAGUCCCUGGAAGGUGUUGGGUCAGGGCAGCUGGCACAGUCUGCUCUUCCACGGAUACCUGCUCGCCAUCCUUCUGCUGGGGAUGGUGCUGAACUUUCUGGUCGGUAUCUCGGCUCUGUGUGUGUCACCGCUUGCUGCCACGCUUCUCCACUCGGCGAGGCAGGUGAUGCAGCCGUUUUCUCAUCUUCUGUAGCUUCACUCGGUGAGGACUACGGAAGAUAACUGACUGUUUCGUACGGUACUAAUGCGACAUGCACACACUAUAACUUAAGCACGGACUACAGUGUUAUUUAUUCUGUGGAGAGUUCUCCUUCUGACUCACAUUCUCUUACAAUAUGGAGUCAUAAAAUACAAGCUGUCAGUAUGGGGAAGCAGUGCACAGUAGACUAACUAUCAAACUGUCAGCUAUAAAUUUGUGGCACACUAAUGAUUUACAGUUGGGUCCAAAGGUUGAAUGUGUCUUUUGUUAACCAGUACUCAGUUAUCAGGUGUGAUUUAAGAUUACUAAUUCAUGAAAUUACACAAAUUAUGACUUUUAGGUUGCCCCGGUUGUUGUUGCGUCGUGUAUUUAUUAUAAAUAUGCUUCAUAUGCCACUCAUUCCUCUUUCUGCAAAAUUGCCACUGCUAAGUUGCUUUCUCAGUGCAUUUUUGUUGUCAGAUAUUUGCCCAAAUGUGACAGUGUUAGAAAACUGAAGCAACUGAGCACCAGCAUCUGUACAGGAGAGGACAUAGUGGCUAAACCGCUCAAACAAAGAUCACCCUGUUUUGGUUAAAGACAAUCAUCCAUCCAUCCAUUCUCUAUACACCGCUUAAUCCUCAUUAGGGUGGCAGGGGGACUGGAGUCUAUCCCAGCUGACUUAGGGUGAAGUCAGGGGACAGGUCACCAGUCUAUCACAGGGCUAUGCAUACACAUCAGCAGACAAUUUAGAAUCAUCAAUUUACCUCAGCAUGUUUUUGGACUCUGGGAGGAAGCCAGGGAAACCCACACAUGCACAGGGAGAACAUUCUAUGCCGAAAGAUCCCAGGCCAUGACGUGAACCGGGGAUCUUCUCGCUGCGGGGCAACAGUGCUAACCACGCUGAGUACACUGAGUGCAGCAGUAAAGAACAUCAUGUAUUAUUUAAAGCAAUGACAGACACACUUUGGUCUUAGCCUCCUCCAGCUAAAGAUAAGCUAUUCUUUAUUUUUUUAGGUUGCUAAUAUACCCAUGUAGAGGUUUUUUUUUUUAAUAUGUGGGGAGUCACAUCAUAGUUGAUUAUUUCAACCUUGAAACCGCAGCGUAUCAAUGACAGUCUCAAAAACACUGAUUCAGACAGCCAGAGUUUAUAGCAAAUAUUUAUAACGAAUCGUAGGAACCAAUCUCCUGCUUGCAAGUUCAGACUUUUUGUAACAUUAUUCUUCAUUGGAGUCGAUUUCUGCUUUGAGCAUGUAUGGCUAAAUUACUUUAUUAUCACAACUCACCAUUGUGCAGCGCAACGUAGUUUUACCGUGUCAUCUCAUAGCACUUAACAUAGUAAGAUGAAGACCAUGCCAAUAUUAAUCAAAGAACAGAAAACCCAGCAAUCCAAAGAAUAGAGUCCACAUAUUCUGAUGGUUACAUCUGAGCCAUUUUUCGAAACUACAGAGUUGUUUUCAUGGAAAUAUAUUCUAAAUAUAUGGUUUUGAUACACGGAGAUGAGUUUUUGGGGUUUAAUCAGUGACCUACAGAUUGUGAUCUUGAUUUCAAAUGCGUAGUUUCAAAAAUGGGUCUUAAACAAUGAAGCAAAUCAGACAAUACAGUUAUUUAUUUACAGCCGAAGAUGACACUUUAGAGCAGCAAAUAACAAGCAUCUUUUUUAAAUGUAUUUUUAUAAAAAAAAAUCUGAGUUAUUUUGUAAAUUGUGACUGUUUAUUGACAAUAAUUAUCUGAGUAUUCUUAAUAAUGAACGAACACUUU